GCCUAAAUUAAUUUGAAAUUUGAAUAAUAAGGGCCUACUUUUGGUCCAACAGAGGAGGGUUCAAUUAUCAAAGCAGCCCAUUGUAGUCUCAUUAGUAUAGGCCCAUUUAUGAACAUAUGGUGGUAUUUGUUCGUAAAUAUCAUCUGAUUAUGGGGGUAUUUUAGUAGAAGGUAUCAAAUUUGACCGUUGCCCUCCUCAAUCGGCUUUUUACAUACGAAAAAAAGUUUCACAGCAUUUUGAACUCAAUUCCAAGAAAAAGAGAGAAGAUUUUUUUUUUUUUUUGGCUAUUAUUCGAGAUUAUAAGCAGGAAAUUUACUCGGAACGAAGGCGAAGUUAAUCAAGCAAUCAGCAAUAAAUUUCUGAGAAUUUUCUGAACAAGUUGAAAUGGCAACCCCAGCUCAUCGCCUACUCCAAGAUCAGAACUUAAAUUUACUCUACAAUGCUGCUGCAACUCCUGUGGGAAAGACUAAUCCAAGCAAAGCUGACAAGAAACGGGGACUUGGUGGAAGGAAAGCUCUUAAUGACAUAUCUAACUCGAGAAACCCUUCUAUGAUUCAUUCUAAGAAGAAAGACAACCCCACAAAUGUGAUUCCCGUUGAGAAAGAUUCUAGAGUAAAAUUGUCAAAUGUAACCGAGAAAGGAAAGAUUGGGGGUAGAAAAGCACUCACUGAUCUAACAAACUCUGUUAAGCCAAGGGUUGUACGGAAGUUGGACACUGUUGCAGAAGAAAAUAUUUCGAGUUCUGUAGUUGAGGAGAGAUUUCUGCACAAUCAUCGAGAAUGCAUCAAGGCACAGAUGAAAGCUCUGGAUAUGGACCAUUUCUUGAAUUCAGUGGGACUAAAUAAUGAUAUGCCAAUGCGGCUCUCCGAUAAGAAGGCACUUCGGUUGUCAUCUUCAAGAAAGCAAUUGGAGAUGGAAGAGAUGUUGGAGAAGUCCUUUGAAGAUAGAUGCAAGAAAACCGAGGUUCGUACGUGCUGCUCACCUCCCAAAUCACCCAAGCCGCCAUAUAUGAACUGGGAGGAUGAGAAUUUUUCUGAUCAGAUGGUGGUGAUUGAGACACCUAAGAGGCCGAAACUCCUAUGAUUGAUCGAUCUAUCUAGGGCAUUAUGGUAAUUUUGUUGUAGCUGAGCCAAGAUAAUUUGGUCAUAAUUUCCUAAAUUUGACUGCUAAAUGUUUCUAUAUAUUCAUGAUUUCUGCGUAAACUCAGUUAGUUAUAUUAGCAGGAUUCCUUUUUGCUUGUGUAGUUUUCGUAAUUCGUUAUAUGUCAUCAUAUAUGCAAGAGAGAUGUUAAAGGUCAUCAUAUUCU